AUGCACGAUUCCGACGAGAUCGAAUCGUGUUCAACAAUGCGUCUCAUCAUCGUCGUUGCUCUUCUCGUCGCCGUCGUCGUCUCACAGGCUCAAGAAUCGGAUGCCUACGGAAAUGCCGGUCUCGCCGAUUUCAUUGAUGGCAAUCGGAUCAACAACUAUGGGAAUACGCGACUCGACAGCGAUGGAAUUCCAGACAAACCCGAGGAAUCUCUCAAACGUCCAGAUUCUGGAAAAUCAAUCGCUCGCUACAAGACCAUUCUCGUCAGGCUCCAGGAGGUCAAAUUUGCGAACUCCGGUCUGAAUUGA